UUAACCUCUCUGUGCAAAAUGCAAUUCUACCAAAAUGCUGCAAAUGCAUCGAUUUAAUGGGGAGUCACCGCAUCAAUCUGGCGCUAAAACUUUUUUCAGUUUUCACGCAAAAGGACGUCAACAUGAGUUAUUCAAUAACAGAGAAAUUCAGAAAGAAACUGGACAGCCUUCCCAAUUCAGACUACUAUGGCUUGAAAAGUCACGGCACUACAUGCUAUUUGAACAGUGUGCUUCAAGUGCUUUUCAUGACCCGGGACUUCCGAGAGGCUGUGAAAAGAUGCCGGGAUCAGGAUCCAGCAGCCUUUGAUUUGCACCUUGCAAGUUUGUUUGCUGAUUUAGAGAAAUGUACAGCUGACCCACAUAAUAUCACAAAGGAGCUGGAAAUCACCGACUUGUACGAACAGCGCGAUGCUGCUGAGUAUUUUGAGAAGAUCCUGAGUCUGACCAACCCUGAGGCGACGCAGAUGUUCAAGGGUCAGCUGAUGCACAGGAACACAUGCAGUGACUGCGGGAAGUGCACUGCCUCUCAGAGCUUUUUCUGGACUCUGCCUCUCACGCUGGAACACCGCAGCGUGAGUGAUGCAUUAGAGGCUUUCUUCAAAGCAGAGAAGGUGAGCGGGGACGACAAGAUGUACUGCGACCAGUGUGAUGAAAAGAAAGCUGUAACCAUUGAAUGCGAGAUAACACAUCCUCCAGAGAUUCUGACCCUCUUGCUCAAGAGGUUCAGGUUUGACCUGCACCGCAUGUGCUAUGUCAAAGUUAAUCGUCAGAUCGAGGUGCCCCAAAUAUUAGAGGAAAAGCUCUUUCGUCAGGAUUGCACUUAUGACCUCUACGCUGUAGUUAACCAUGUUGGUAGUCUAAAAGGAGGUCAUUACACUGCAGAAAUCAAAUCUUAUGAAAAUGAGGGGUGGUAUCUCUUCAGUGACGCCAAGGUUAGAAUGGCCAAGCAACCACCGAUUACAAGAGACUGUCCUAUGCGGUCCUCUGUGGCUUACCUGCUCAUGUACAGGAAAGUCACAAGACAAGAUUAUGAAAGAGUAAAUGAAGCCAACUGGGAACCUUACCUGGCGAAUUCAGAUGCUGUGGCUACAGAGAGCGGAGAGGAUAUAUGCGCUCAGACUGCUCUGAGGGACAACAGUCGUGAGAGAAGGAAAAAAAUCAAGCAAAAGUGUGACAUGUCAAAAGACAGUGGCGAUGAUCUGGAGGUGAAGAAACACAUCAGGGAGCAGCGUGCCGGCAGAGAGCUGACACAGCAGAUGAGCUGGAGGAGACAUGAGCCCGCGACAUGUGCGAGUCCACAUGAGAAAAUGAUUUCUCACAUAGACUCUGGAUUAAGAGGUGCAGGAAAUCCUAGAUUGGAGCUGAAGGGCAUAGAAGACACAUCUCUGAUUCACGGUCAAAGAAAAGUGGAGCGUGGUAAAGCAGCGGCCUCUAAUGUAAAAAAAACAAGAGAGGUUUCUGCUGCAAAACCGGAAGAACAAAUCAGCCACAAAGAUCAUCAAAAAGGCAAUGAGUCAAUGAGAUGCCAAUAUGAACGCAACUCGAAGGAGCGCACACAUCGUUGUAGAACCCCUGAAAAACGUGAUAAACUCACUGUGGCUGAGAAAAUCUCCGAUUCCCCCAAAAACAGAAAAAACCCAAAAGUGUUUCCUUCUGUUGCUUGUGAAAGAGAGAGUGGCUGUGCAGCAGAUAAUAAAAACCUUCAUGAUGCAUUGAGAAACACAACUCACAGUGGAGCUGCAAGGACUAAAUUUGGUAACCUUGCAGGGAGUAAAUAUACUCAGCAGACAAGGGAGGGUGGAGUCGAACCGAGCGUGGAAAAAAAUAGAUUCAAACAGGAGGCAGAUGCAGAUUUCAGUGAACAAGUUCCAUAUUUAUUGGCAGGAAAACCUCAGAGUCGAGUUAAUCAGAGGAACCACGUUGGGUGUAGCCACUCAUCCAUCUCCGAAUCACAUAUAACAAACAGCUCAAAGAAAGAAUGGACACCUGGAUGCUUCACCUUUUUCUGUGCCCCAACCCAAAACGUGAGAGAGAGUCCAACCUAUACAAGUAAAAAAGAAAAGAGCAAAGCUAAAAAGCGUGCAGCGAAGGCCAAACCACCUUGGAGGUGAUUUGCAGUAGCUCCUUGGUGUGUAGAAAGAAAUUAUGAUAAGAAGUAAUUAGUAGGCAGAUAAAAGGAAAUAUUGGCAUCUUCAGGUUUCUCAUAAUUUGAUUUUAAUUUGUUCAACUAAGGAGAGGACUCCGAAUGAGCCACAGCCCAUUGUUCUGUUUGUUUUUCCUGUUUAAUGGCCUUGUAUCUGUAUCACAGUACCACUAAACUACACACUAAGCUCAACUAUGAUGACUGUUCUCAACAAUAUUUGUUUCUGAACAGGAAUGAUUGUCAAAUUUCACCAUAAAAUCACUAUUUGGUUCAUUACAUUUUAGCUAAAAGUCAUUACUUUGGCACUGCAUGUCCACUUUGUGUCACAUGCUGCUGUCAUAACUGAGAGGACUGUGAUUGUGAUUAUUCUUCUGACUGAAGGCCUUGGCUGGGUGGCUGCACACAGACAUGAUCCGGGUUACUUACUGCAGUAGCUCUUGGAGCAAUGAGUAAAUAUUCACAGAGCAAAAUUAGGCCAGAUCACAUGUUGCAACACAAUACAGCCUGAUAGAUUUCAGCAGCUUAAAAUAUUGCAGAAUGAAUAUCAACUCUCAUGAUGAUAUUUUCAGACUGACAUAGCUGAUGUAUUGUUUGGCUACAUGCAGCUUUCUGUUCUGUUUCAGCUCAAUGAUUAUUUUAUCUGUAAUUUAUACCCCUAUUGGUCUGGGGUAUUGUGAUGUCAGCCAGAUAAUGGAUUUUGUUUGUUUGUUUGUU